AUGCCUCCCAAACCUCUGGAGCCACUGGCCAAAAAACUCAUGAAGGGAGUGAUCGCUCUGGAGCUGCUGGGCGUCUUCGGAGUGUACGGUCUGUUUCACUAGAUGAACAACAGUCAAGAUUUCAGGAACACCAUGAAUCGGAGGUUUCCAUCAGUUCUGGAAGUUUUCUACCAGUCCAACGAGUGGGCGGGGGUCUACGGCAUCCGAGAGCGUGACCACGCAGCCUGGUCAGCCAAACAGGACUGAAAGUGGCCAUCAGUUUAAAAGUCCACAAACACAUGGCGGCUGCUACUUCUUCCUCUUUUUGUUGCCAACCGUCUUGCCUCCUGCCCUGGCUCGACCAAACGCCUUCUUUUUGUUGAACAUGGUCUUCUUCCUGCGCAGCGUCUUGACGUCGCGGCCUUGGAUCCA